GUAGUGGCAAAGGCAAUGCUUGCUGAUAACGUGAACAUUUGCUAAAUUCACGGCUUAAUCAAAUUAAAAAACUUUACAAGGUGAAUAUUUUAUAGGCACCAUAUGAACCGAAAGUCAGGUUCAUAUGGGCUUAAGUAUGGGUUUAUCUGGUUAUAAUGGUGUCGGUUGGUAGGUUUAUGAAAUUUUUAUCAAUUGCAAGCUCAAUUUAUCUGCUUGACAGUCUUGAAUAAUGUAUUAUCCUAUCAUUAAUAUAAAUUAUUAGAAAAAUAGCUUGAUUGUUUUUUAAGCUAAUAAUAUAAUAAGUAAUCAAUAUAAACUUAAAAGGGGGUGUAUUAUGCGUAGUGGCGACAAUACUAAGGUUCAGCAUAAUUCUAAUGAGCUGAAUCCAGAAACGGCACCUGGUCAAGGUGUUCAACCAGCAGCAAGUAUAGAUAAUAACAGUGCUAGUGCUACGCCGGUUGUGAAGAAGGAUGCAAGCAUACAAGAGCAACCGUCAACAGGUGAUAACAGUGCUAGUGCUACGCCAGUUGUGAAGAAGGAUGCAAGCAUACAAGAGCAACCGUCAACAGGUGAUAACAGUGCUAGUGUUACGCCGGUUGUGAAGAAGGAUACAAGCACAAAGACUGAAGAAGUUAAAGGUGAUGUAAGUAGUCAGGCAGCUGCAAAAAAAGACCAUCCUAGUCGAUUAACUACGGAUGUUGAUGCUUUAUUUAAAGCUCUUGAAGAUAAUAAGGUUAUUUUCCGUGAUUCAGAAUCAAAGGAAAGGCUAAAAAAAGCAUUUAAGGAAGCAAAAGACUACAACUCACUGAUUGAAAAAGCCGGAAGUAAGCAAGUGGAGAUUUGCAUAAAUGCCUGUGGUUAUGAAGGAGUUAAGCAGCAUAUAAGUGAAUCAUUAAUAAAAAGCUGUGAAGAGUCUGUAACCAAAGCUGUAGAAAUUGCGGAUAAAUAUUUUGGAGGUGGGCGUAGUGCUUACUAUACAAAGAGCAAAGAUAAUAAGCUGAAUAUUUUGAACGUUUUUCUUACUAGUAAUGUAAAUGAACCAACAAAAAUUAGUGAUCUUUUAGAAAAAGAAAAAGGCAUAGAUAAAUUAAGAGUAUAUCGCCUAGGAAAGAAAGAAGUAGUUGCUAGUAGAUCUAAAAAGGAUGAUAUUGACAUAAGGAAUUAUAACUUUAAAGAAGGUGCAAACUAUGAAAUGACAAUCACAUGGGCUGUAGAAACCACAAGUGGGAUUUCAAUACUCACUAUGGUUGUAGGUGUGGAUAAGAGCGGUAUCACUAAAUUUUAUAGUUGUGCGCAGGAUGGUGAGCCGGUUAACAAUCCAAAUAUAAAAAAUUUGUUGUAUUUGACAGAGCAAAAUCAAGAGUUAUGUAUUAAUGGCAAGUCUCUACAUGAGACGUUCAAAUUGUUUGUUAUGGGAAGGAAUAGUGAAACUUUGGUACAAAAACCUGUAACUAAUGGUACAGUACAAGGUGUUCAGCCAACCAAUAAUGUACAAAGUAAUGCUGCUACUCAGCCAGUUGAUAGCACGCAAAGUAGUGUUGCUCCUCAGACAGUUGAUAGUGCACAAACUACUCAGCCAGUUGAUAGCACGCAAAGUAGUGUUGCUCCUCAGACAGUUGAUAGUGCACAAACUACUCAGCAGUCAGCCAAUAAUACGCAAACUGGUGGUGCAAAAACUACUGCUAUUAAGUCAGACAAUAGUACUCAAACUAGUGAUGCAUCAAAAGAUGCUUCUUGGGUUGAAAAAGAGGCAAACAGAAAGACAGCAAAAGGAAACACUAUUGGUGUUGUUGUAUAGAUAGGUAAUUUUUAUAAGGUCUAACAAUAAUUGUUAGGCCUUAGCUUUACAAAGUUGAAAUCUGACAAAGGUAGCUG